AGUUCUUUGUUCUAAAAAUGAUUCUCCUACUUUUGCUGCUGUCGGUGAUGUCAGUCAACUCGCUCGAAAGAUGUAUAGAUUAUGACUCCAGAGCCAACGAUAUAAAUUCCUGUUGCAAAAUAGGGCUUGGCUUACCGAUUGAUCCAUUUCUGGAAUGUUUGCAAACAGCCAACGACCUGGUACCGGAUAGAGAAAAGCAUAAUUUUCUGGCGUGUGCUUUCGACUGCUACGCGGAAAAAGUGGGAAUCAUCAAAAACAAUACUGUCGUAUUAGAAAAAAUAAUCGAGUACAUUGACGAGCUACUGGGGAGUCAGUUUGGAGUAGACUUGAGGAAGACCGCCUGGAGGACCUGUGCUACUUUGGCUCCCAAAAUGGCAGCAGAUAUCUCCGGUCACAAGUACAAGUGCAAUCCGUUCGCCCUGGAAGUGCAAACCUGUGCUCAGUUCGAAGUCAAUCGUAUUUGUCCGGCAACAGUUUUCGAUGAUGAGGUUGCGGUCUGUCGAGAAGUGCGAUCUGGAAUACCGCAUUGCAUCCACAAAUGAACAGGAAUAUAUCAAUUGAUUUUUAUUUGAAUGCUUUGUGAAUAAAUUUAUUCCAUAGAAUACACCAUUAUAGGUUGUGGA